UCAAGUCAUAACAACCAUAAAGACUUUGUUCAAAGCUUCCAACUCUUCUCCUUCUUCCCUCAUCUCAUUCAACAAUUCUGCUUCACUUUCAUAUCCUUCUUUUGCUCAAAAAACUGCUAAACCAGCCCUAUUAUGUUGACCCUUCAAAGGGCUAUUAGCAAUGGCGAAAGCGACCAAAACCAAGAUGAUGAUGAACAUAUUAGGGACAUCCAUGCUUUGACCCCACCUCACCCUCCAGCUGUGAAUCUUGGCCGUUGGGAGAUUGGUAGCCAGCGAUCAUCCUUUUUGUCCACGUCUAGUGAAGUUGGUUCGAGUGAAAACUUUACUACCAUGAGUAGAGAGUUCAGUGCUCUUGUUCUUGCUGGCACUUCCGUUGAAAACAAUGAUUCUGAUUCUAUACGUACAUUAAACAAUCACAAUCACUUGACCCGGAUAGGGGAGGAGGAAGUGCCGGAGGAAACUAAUCCUUUAGCUAUAGUGCCAGAUAAUAAUCCGUUUGAUCAGGGUUUGGAUCAACAAAGAAGGGUUGGGUCAGGAGGGCCGGCGGCGGCGAGUAAUAGCAGCCACGGGGAGGUUUCUGUGCUGAGAGUGAAGAAAGAGGAGGUGGAGUCCAAAAUAUCUGCAUGGCAAAACGCAAAGGUUGCAAAGAUUAACAAUAGGUUUAAGAGAGAAGAUGCUAUAAUUAAUGGGUGGGAGAGUGAGCAUGUCCAGAAGGCCACUUCUUGGAUGAAGAGAGUUGAGAGGAAGCUAGAGGAGAAAAGAGCAAGAGCCUUAGAAAAGAUGCAAAACGAUGUGGCCAAAGCACACAGAAAAGCAGAAGACAGAAGGGCAUCAGCUGAGGCCAAGAGAGGAACCAAAGUUGCCAGGGCUCUUGAAGUAGCCAAUUUGAUGAGAGCUGUUGGGAGAGCUCCAGCCAAACGGUCCUUCUUUUGAGACCUUAUCAGUUAUCACUUUAGUACAAACUAUUUUCCUUUAGCUUCCCAUCAAGAACAUCCCACCUAAACAAAUGUACUGUGGACACAGUAAUUCUCCCCCUUUAAGAGUACCUUCGUCUUUUCUACCGUAGGGUACAUCAAAGGGCAGUCAAGAGUUGCACCAAAUCAAAUAUAUAUAUAUAUAUAUAUAUAAUAUAUAUAUUUAUAUUUAUAUAGAACUGGUGAUUUGAAAUCUUUGAGUGUUUGAAGUGUGUUGGGAUUUUUGAGGAUUUGUUGGUGAUAGUGGUGGAACCAUAUUUUUUGUCUGGUACAGUUAAAAUUAUUAAUGUCAUUGCUUGGGUGCAGUAUUAUAAGUAAAUGAUGG